UUCAAUGUUAUAACAUCGAAAGCUGCAGGAGAGGUCACGGCCACAUUGUCAGGAAGCUCCAAAUGCUGAGCUGAGUGUUGAGAGGACGAAGAAAUAUUCGGAUCAUUGCCACUUUCCGUUAUGUUGUGAAUGUCAGGGUCGUGUAAAGCAAUGUUUGACCAAAGCAUGUUUCAGAGAGGAAAAAAACAGCACAGGCAAGAUGUAAGCAAGGUAGGGUGGCACGUAUAAGCAAAGUGAGUGAAGGAGAAGGCGGAUUUGCAAAUGUAAAGAAAAGGAGGAGCAGCUGAAAUUCAGGCUGGAGGGAGGCGCGUCCGAGGCGACAGCGGCUGGCAGAACUUGCUGCUUCCGUGCGCCGCUCCAUCUGACCUCACCUCAUUCUCCUCCCCGAAGAGGCACCUGGAAGCGAGGAGAUGUGAAGAAGCUUGAAGUAUGGCAUGCGAACAUGAUUUCUGCCAAUACGAAGGAGAUGGUGACGGCGAUGCGCACCGUUUUUAUUUGUAUGACUCUCCUCCACUUUUUCUUUUUGACGACGUGUGUUAAGAGCGCCACGGGACAGACAAGGAAGGAUGAAAGGAUCUAUCCGGAGAAUUUUACGCGGAUUUUAGACCGACUUCUGGACGGUUACGAUAACAGGCUGAGACCUGGAUUCGGAGGUCCCGUGACCGAGGUCAAGACAGACAUUUAUGUGACAAGUUUUGGUCCUGUCUCAGAUGUUGAAAUGGAGUACACAAUGGACGUGUUCUUUCGACAGACGUGGGUGGACCGCAGGUUAAUGUAUGAGGGCCCGAUUGAGAUUUUGAGGCUGAACAACUUGAUGGUGACCAAAGUUUGGACGCCAGACACCUUCUUCAGAAACGGCAAGAAGUCAGUGGCCCAUAACAUGACGGCGCCCAACAAACUGUUUCGCAUUAUGAAGAAUGGAACCAUUCUCUACACCAUGAGAUUGACAAUUAGUGCAGAAUGUCCCAUGAAGCUUGUAGACUUCCCCAUGGAUGGGCAUGCGUGCCCCCUCAAGUUUGGAAGCUAUGCCUAUCCCAAAACGGAGAUGAUCUAUACUUGGACCAAAGGGCCUGAGCACUCUGUGGAGGUCCCUCCCGAGUCGUCUAGCUUGGUUCAGUACGAUCUCAUUGGCCAGACAGUCUCCAGUGAAACCAUCAAAUCCAUCACAGGUGAAUAUGUGGUGAUGACGAUCUUCUUCCACUUGAAACGGAAAAUGGGCUACUUCAUGAUUCAGACAUACAUCCCUUGCAUAAUGACAGUCAUCCUGUCCCAAGUGUCCUUCUGGAUAAAUAAAGAGUCGGUGCCGGCGCGCACAGUUUUCGGUAUCACCACUGUGCUGACAAUGACGACUCUCAGCAUCAGCGCUCGCCACUCCCUCCCCAAAGUGUCAUACGCCACGGCGAUGGAUUGGUUUAUUGCGGUCUGCUUCGCCUUCGUCUUCUCCGCCCUCAUUGAGUUUGCUGCCGUCAACUACUUCACCAAUGCGCAGCUGGAACGGGCCAAAAAGAAGCCAGCCAAAUGCCCCCCUGGACCUCAAAGCACACCAGUCAAGGUCAAGGAGACGGAGGAAGUGCUGCAGCAAAACCCAGACACUAAUGGUAACCUGAGGAAGCGGAUGAAUUACAUUUCCCACCAAGACUCGCGCAACCAACAGCGAGCUCAGUCCACAAGCAACAUUUCAGCAGUCGGGAGAGCCCGACCGCCCAGACCUUUAAACAGCCGCGUCAACGGAAGCUCGUCCACCCUCUCUUGCUCCAACCCCAAAUCCGAGAGUGUGCUCAGCGUGGCUUCAUCACCGGAAGAAAAACAGCUUGUGAAAAACACGCCUCAGGCUGCUGCUUCCACGCCAGACGUGACGGCGGGGACGCCGUGCAAGCAAAACACCAACUCCGCUUCCUUGCAGCAUCUGCUGGGGCCCAAACUGGAGCGCCUCCAGAUGAUGGGGAACAAAGUAGAGCUAAAACAGACACCGUGCUCCCAGCCCACCACUGCUGGGAUGGGCGGAACCAGCAAAAUUGACAAGUACGCACGGAUCCUCUUUCCAGUGUCUUUUGGGGCAUUUAACAUGGUAUACUGGGUGGUUUACUUAUCCAAGGACACCUUGGUAGCAAAAGCAGGCUAGAGUCUGGCAACAAGCAUGAAGCACCAUUUUGUUUCACAGAUGGGAAGUGAAGAAGGAUUAUAAGAAACGUGAGGAAUACGCUGCCAAAAACAUAAUAACGUUCAUAUCCGGAGAGAACAAAUAUCUUUUUUUUUUUAAAUAAACAAAUAAACAGCAUGGGAAUAAAUCACUCAAACUUUGUUUGACUCACUGUAAGGAUGAAAACUAGCACACUGGACGAUGCUUUUCUCCUCUUUUAAUCUUCCUCAAUGUAUAUUUAAAGGUCUUUACCGUCUACCACUGCAGUCCAGAUAACGCAUGAAUGAGAUAUACUAUUUUUCUAUCCUGCAUCUGGCAAUUUGUGUGGAUAUGUUAACCGCCAGUCUAAAACUGUACAUGUUAUGCAAAUUGAUUUAUUUAUGCUCACUGAUUUGAUUCUAUGAUACAGUGUGUUUACAUUUGAAUAUGAAGACCUUGUUAAUGACAUGAAAGCAAAUCUUAAUAAUGUAAGAAAGAGUUUGGGGGCUCUGUUUUCAUGACCUGCGUAGAUUCUACACUGAGCGUGGCAUGCCCCUACGCUGAUGUGGGUUACACAUGCUGUUGCAAAAUUUGGAAGUGAGCGUAGGCUGGCGGAUCUGGGAGAGGCAGGGCUGUGCUGCUGUGGGAGUGGCCACAGCGGACUUUAAUCAUCUUUUAUUUCCUUUAAAUGCAGUGCACCACAGUCUCAACAUGGCGGAAGCACGAUCGCUUGUGUGCCCAGCCAAUGCCUAAUAUUUCAUCCAUUUUCUGAACUGCUUCAUCCUCACAAGGGUUGCGGGGGGUGCUGGAGCUUAUCCAAGCCGUCUUCGGGCAGUAGGUGGGGGACACUCUGUACCGGUUGCAAGCCAAUCGCAGGGCACACAGAAACGAACAACCAUUCGCACCCACACUCACACCUUGGGACAAUUUGAGUGUUCAAUCAGCCUGCCACGCAUGUUUUUGGAAUGUGGGAGGAAACUGGAGUACCCGAAGAAAACCCACACAGGCCCGGGGAGAACAUGCAAACUUCACACAGGGAGCUGGAAUUGAACCCUGUACCUCUGCACUGUGAGGUCGACAUGCUAACCAGUGGACCACCGGGCCGCACGCCUAAUAUUAUAAAAUAUAAUACAAUGAUUCAGAGGGUGAACUGUUCAUUUCUUUCCAAAUGAAAUAUAUCUGACUUCCACCAUACGAUGUCUAGAAAGCUCAGAAUCUCAUUUGUCUGACUGUGCCUUGUUUCUCAAAAUCACAUUGGCAACCCCGAACAGCGAGUCUUGCAACGAUACAAAAAUCAGGAUACGCCGGCAUUUGUACCAUGACGUAGGUGCAGUGUCGAUGAAAAUAUAAGAUAAUAUAAGAAAACCCUUAUUAGUCUCGCGAUGGAGAAAUUCCCAAUUUUAAUUGUGUGCUAUAUUCUGCUUGAACCCUGGAAUGAGCUCACAUCUAACGUGCAUCUAUCUGCAGACACACACGUCACAGUAGAUGCAGUGUGUGUGUGUGUGUGUGUGUGUGGGUGUGGGUGUGUGUGGGUGUGUGCGCGCGCGUGUAUCCUCAACAUGUGGUGGGUGUCUUGUUUCUUCAUCCGUGUAUUUGUCGUCGUUGGCCCCGGUCGAUCUGUUAGACUAACACGAGGGAUGAUACUGUCACGCCAGUGAGAGAGACAUGCGGGCUGAGAGACAGAUCAAGAUGCCCGCUGCCACUCAUCUCUUCCGAACUCAGUCAUGUGUGAAAUUGACGUUGCCGUUAUUGCCCCACUGCCACUCUCCCACUUGCUCUCUCUCUAUCUGCCUGCAACUACCACGCGCAGAAUAGAUCUCAGCACAAAAACAGGGACCAGGCUUGUCCUAAUGAGGAGCUUGUCAACAACAGAUUGAUGUUUGCUGUUUAUGUGCUCUAAAUAAGUGUGCUCAUGAUUGAUGGAGGUGCCAACACAUAUUUUUUCCCUUACUUUGUAUUCUUCUUCCAGGCUUAUCAUUCCCGAUGCCAGAAAGAUGCCAACUCUCACAUUAAAUGCCUCUAAAGCUGCUGCAGAGAAGCUUUGAGGCUUUAUUUA